AAUAAUGCAUGUGAUCAUUCCACGACGGAAAUUAGAGCAGAUGAUUUGAGGAAGAAUAAUGUGAGAGGCUGAACUGGAGGAACAUUGACUACGAACAGGUUCAAAUCAUCUCUCUCGAUCAAUCCAUUUCUUCAAUUUGUAAUUGCUCAUUCAACAAUUUCGAAUUAAACUGGACAAAUAUCCGGUUUCCGCGAGAUAAUGGCGAAGAAAGUGAAGGUUACAACAGGGAUCGAGCAAAUCAUCUCUCGAUCAAUCCAUUUCUUGAAUUUGUAAUUGCUCAUUCGACAAUUUCUUAAAUUGGACAAAUAUCUGGUUUCCACGAGAUAAUGGUGAAGAAAGUGAAAAGUACAGGAUUCGAGACCUUGAAAAAGAACCAACCCAACACAUUCAGAUCCAUCUUUCACCGCAAAAAAACGAAGAAUGGAGACGAUUCUCCUUAUUCCAUCCCUCAGCUCUCUUCCUUCGCAAAUUCUGUUGUCGCUCGUUGUUCCAAGAUUCUUCAAACGUCCAUUGAAGAAAUGCAACACAUUUUUGAUUCAGAGCAACCUGAAGCUAAUAAGGAACCCGAAACUUAUUCUAGAAGUUUGUUGGAAUUUUGCUCAUACCAAACACUCUAUUCAAUGAAUAGACGUACAGAUUAUUUAAGUGACAAGGAUUUUCGUCGCUUGACAUAUGACAUGAUGCUCGCUUGGGAGUGCCCUGGUAGUGAAACCGAACCACUGCCGCAAGUUGAUGACAAGAAAACUGUUGGACGAGAAGCUUUUGCACGGAUAGCUCCUGCUUGCAUUGCGCUUGCCGAUCUCAUAACUGUUCACAAUCUUUUUGACUCUUUGACGAGUUCUUCAAGUCACCGACUCCAUUUUCUUGUCUUUGACAAGUAUAUAAGAAGUCUUGAAAAGGUUAUUAAGGCAACUAAACAUGGAUUGCACCCAUCAACUGGAAGUCUUCAUCUUUCCGAAGGAGAAAUUGUCCUUGAAGUUGAGGGUACAAUACCCACUCAACCGGUGCUUCAGCAUAUUGGCAUUUCUGCUUGGCCUGGGAGGUUGACACUGACCAAUCAUGCCUUCUACUUUGAGUCACUGGGUGUUGGUAUAUACGACAAAGCUGUUAGAUAUGAUCUGGGAGCUGGUAUGAAACAGCAAAUAAAACCUGAACUUACAGGACCAUUGGGUGCUCGUCUAUUUGAUAAAGCUGUUAUGUACAAGUCAACAUCUGUGAUAGAACCUGUUUAUUUGGAGUUUCCUGAAUUCAAAGGCAGUUCUCGGCGGGAUUAUUGGUUGGAUAUCUGUCUUGAGGUCCUGCGAGCACAUAAGUUUAUCAGGAAGAACAAUCUUAAUGAAACUCAGAAAUCAGAAGUACUUGCAAGGGCAAUUUUUGGCAUUUUCAGAAUUCAUGCAGUUAAAGAUGCUUGUCAUGUUUUUGCAUCACAAUACAGAACAUUACUCACUUUUAAUCUGACAGAAAGUCUUCCUGGGAGAGAUUUAAUUUUGGAAACUCUCUUGAGUCGAUUGAUGUUGAUAAAUAGAGAUAGUGUUCAGCAUGAUGCUUCUGGGAAUCCACCUGCAAAGCAGCAACGACAAUUGUCUCCAAUUUUUCUUCUAUCAUUAAGUCAACUUGGAUUCACCUUACAGAAAGAGAUAGGUUAUGAAUGCGAUGCAGUCUUAGUUGGAGAUGUUUGGGUUUGUGAGACUAAUCCCUUGGACGUUAUAGUGAGACAAUCAAUAUCAGAUUCAGGCAGGGCUGAAGCUGCACAAGCAACUGUUGACAAAGUGAAAGUGGAGGGUAUUGAUACAAAUCUUGCAGUAAUGAAGGAACUGUUGUUUCCAUUUCUGGUAUUGGCUAGAAAUAUUCAAAUUUUGGCCUCAUGGGAAGACACUUUCACAUCAACAUUUUUUCUACUGCUGUUUUGCUACGCUAUUAUAUGGAAUUGGAUAAGGUUUUUUUUGCCUUGCAUUCUAGUAUCUCUUGCGGUUCUCAUGACUUGCCGCCGGAAGUUUGGCCAAAGCAAGCCACUAGAACCCUACAGGAUCACGGCCCCCCCUAAUCGAAAUGCUGUAGAACAGUUGCUGACCUUGCAAGAAGUCAUCACUCAAGUUGAAGCAUUGAUCCAAGACGGGAAUAUCUUUCUCCUAAAAAUAAGAGCUCUCUUAUUUGCAGUACUUCCACAGGAGACAGACAUGGUUGCUAUAGUGCUAGUUUUUGCAGCUUUUGUUUUUGCAUUUAUGCCAUUUAAGUACAUAAUUAUGCUAGCAUUAGUAGAGGCAUAUACAAGGGAAAUGCCAUACAGGAAGGAAACCAGUUACAAAUGGAUUAGACGGGGAAGGGAAUGGUGGAUUAGAAUUCCAGCAGCUCCUGUUCAGCUUGUCAAACAUGAUGAUAAGAAAAAGAAAUCAUAAAGCGAGUUGAUGGGUCGAGAUUUUGCAUAUCGUCUCAUCACCAUAGGGAAGAUAUUUUUGUAUGUAUAUAUAUGUCUAAUUUAUUAA